CCCAAUGAUAUUCAAUUCAGUCGCUAUUGUACAUCUUGAUUCCACUGUCGAUGUUUACCUGGGCACAAAAGGCACGCCGUAUUGAGUGAUCUAAUUACCUGCGAAAGGGAAAAAAAUUGUGAAGAGACCGCAAAUUGACCCAUUUGAACGAUUUAUAUCUGUGGUUGAUCAUGUGAAUUUUGUGAGAUCACGAUAAAAGUGAUAAAAAAUUGUGCGCAAAAAUUAAAAUUGAAUCAAUAAAGUGGACAAAGUAGUGCAGUCAUUUGACCCAAAAAGACACUAACAUGCUCUAUUUUGGGUUGAUAAUCCAUUUUUGAUUUGGCCUACAGGGAAAUUGAUCUGGUUAAGAUACUCUAAUGUCUCUGAUGGCCAUGAUGAGUGUGAUUUCAUCACACUUCUGUUAUCAUACGCCGAUAAUUGAUAAAUCGACCAGUUAUCCAAUGCGACGAGCCAGGUGAGAGCCAAGGUGAAGUCAAGUGAGAGAUUCAGUCUUAGUCAAACUGCCUACCUAGAAAGACACUUUUCCUGGACAUACUAUCUUCCGCUAAAGAUCAGUGAUCUUGUAAGUGAAGUUAUAAGGGAGAAAACUUUGUUAUUUGCAGUGAAGAAUAUUUUGUGGAAUUUAUUUUCAAGUGCAAAUGGUCAGAGUUCAUGGCCUUAUCUGACCAGACUCUUAAGAUUAAUGUCACGUGCAUUGUAAUGUAAUGAGUGAGUGAAUCAAUGUAUAUAGAAUUAAUAAUAAAUCCAAGUUCAUAUUAAUUGACCGGAGGAUCUUAUCGCAAACUUCCCUGUCUGCUUUGUGUGGGAAAAGUCUGCGCGGGAACGUAUUGUGAGUGUGUCAAGGAGAAGUCCAGUUAAUUACCUUUGCUAGUCCAGCAAUUAAUUCAGAUCAGAGAGACCUAAAGAAAAUGAGCAAGAGAGAGGGAGAAAAUAUAAUUGGUAGCUUAAAUGCUGAAAAUAUUCCGUGGGCAGAUGAUGAUACUCAAGCUGAUGGCACAAAUUCGGCCACAGCUUUGGGUAGCAGUGGUGAAACAGUAUCCAGUGAAGAAUCACGUCGUCGGAGAUCCCUUAUGGCGCGUAGAGGUCACGGAAAUGCCAUCUACCUCAAGAUACCACAGGCAGAUCAACAGCCUGGACCAUCGGACAAUGGCAACAGUUCAGAAAAUAUCACCAGUGACGAUGAAAAUCCUGGUCCACUGAAGGAAGUUGAAUCGGGUGAAAAACGCGGUUUGCGGAGGAAUUCCAUCUCCCUGCCAACCCUCAAUGCUGCAGAUCUCGAAGCUCUUGUUGCUGUUCACGAUGCUGCUCAAGAAGUUCGCGAGAAACAAACCCAAAACCGUAAGGCAGGUGACGAUGGAGAAUCUAUGGUGUGCAGCAUUGAACCAGACACAGAACAUUCUUCUGAGGAUGAGGAGAAAAAGCCCGCCAGAAAGUAUAUCUUCCGCACCAAGAGACGCUCCUCCAUUGCACCAUUGCCCGCCCUGAGACUCAAUGAUAAAGAAAUGAUUGCCAAUGAAUUCGACAGCCAGAGUGUUACUACUCAAAAUUCAAUCACCAGUGCCAGUUCUCUGGCAUCUCUGCUCAAGGAGAAGAUUCAGAUGUUCCCGUCGAUGAUAAAAAAGAAGAGAAAAUCCAAGGAUUUCAAGAUCAAGGCAUUUGUAGCAAUUCUCUUCUUGAUCAUUGUCUUCCUCGUGGGCUAUGCUUACAUUAUGUACAACCAACAAAUCCUGGCACGGUCCUAUUUCAAUCGAGUGAAGUUCAAUAAGGGUCAGCGAGUGAUUGGAAUUUACAAUGAAAAAGGCACUUUGAUAGUCACCGGACGUUUAGGAACAACGAUGAAUGCUGAAAAAGCCUAUCACUGUCUCACGAAUAAUACCCUUGAGGAUGGAAGUGUAUGCCUAGAGUGGGAUGGUAGAGCGAGAAUGUACCUGAAUUACCAGGAAUUGAGCCCAUCUGUUCCAUGCUACACUAUCCGAUGGCAGUCUCUGUCUCCGGAUGUUCUUCCAACGGACUGCUAUGAAUCUUUCAUGGGUCAGGGACAUUGGUAUGGAGGAGGAUUAACACGGGGUGGAAAUUGGCCAUUGGAAACGGAAUCCUUUGCCUUUGCACCUUUUAUAACUGGAGAUGCCAAUCGGCAGCAAUGGGGAAAUGCCCUAAAGCGCUAUUUUAUCAGUUCACGCGGGGUUGCGAUCCAGGUGGAUGACAAAACACCCUUUCAUGUGAGCAUGAAUGAUAAUAAGUCAGGGGAAAUGUGUUUCCGUGCCAAGCAUGAUCACUUUGCCUUUGUGAAUCGUUUGACGCCUCUGCCGGAAUUGAGCUACAGGAUCUGCACGAGUGAUAACAUGCGUCAAUUGCAUCAGCAGAUGACUCAGCAGAGUCUCUGGGAUGGAUUGAAGGAGCACGAUAUCAAUGUUGUUCACUCAUUGCUGGAAGAGCCUGUGUGGCAGAUUCCAUCUUCAGGGGGCAAGAGUCUCACCGGGGAAGGGAUUCACAAUUAUACAGAACGGGUUAUUGCUCUGGGAUUCCUCAGGCUUGGGCAUGUGUUGGUCAAUGAAUUCUGGCAGAAACAUAUUGGGGAUUUUACGUUGGAAACUGAAAGAUUUCCCAAUCUAGAGGAAACUGUCACAAUUCUCCAUCGCCGAGGUUUCCGGAUUGUCUUUUCGGUGCAACCUUUCAUUAGCACAGACAGUGACAACUUUGCCCAGUCUGUGGCUAAGAAACUUCUCAUCUACGAGCGUCAGUCAGAACGGAGUAUUCCUGCACUCACGAGGUAUAAGAGUGUAGCAAGUGCUGGAGUCCUGGACAUCACCAAUAAUGCUUCAAUUCCAUGGCUAAUUGAGAAGCUGGAGAAGGUACAGAAAGAUUAUAAAAUCGAUGGAUUCUAUUUGGAUUUUGGAACAUCUCAGAACAUGCCUCACUACUAUCAAUGCAACAAGACACUCUACAAUCCGGAUCAGUACAAAACCAUUUUCACAACGGCUUUGGAGGGUGUAAUAAGUAUUAUUGGAGUAUCCAGUGCAGUUACUGUACCUCGACCUCCAGCAUUUGUGAGCCUACCACCAGUUAAUUCCUCCUGGGCUGGUCUUCGGACCGUAGUAACGAGUGCUCUAACUUACGGCAUCAUCGGUUAUCCUUUCAUCAUGCCAGGACCAAUUGGUGGAGAUUAUCUCCUACCUCCGUCCGCAACGAAUGAAACCGUAUCUUUUUACUCAAUGAACGAACCUCCACUGCCAGAUCAGGAACUCUAUCUGCGCUGGAUGCAACUCGCGACAUUCCUGCCGGUGAUCCGAUUUACCCACUUGCCGUCUGAGUACAAGAGCGAACUGGUAAUGGAAGUUGUCAAAGAGCUCACACUCAUCCGGCAGAAGGCAGUAAUUCCACUGCUUAAAAAAUACCUCAGUGAUGCCAUGAACGAGGGCUUGCCAUUAAUUAGGCCUCUGUGGAUGCUCGAUGCUCAGGAUACGGCUUGUCUCUAUGUCAACGAUGAAUUCUCCAUAGGAGAGAACCUCAUUGUGGCCCCUAUCCUGGAGCAAGGACAGCUUCAACGAGAAGUCUACCUGCCCCAGGGAGUCUGGAAGGAUGGAAUCGACGGAUCCCUUCGGAAAGGUAGUCGUUGGAUUCACAAUUACCGAGUGCCUGAAGACAAAGUGGCGUAUUUCAUGAAAAUGCCCGACAAUACGAGAUUCUAAGUGAUAUUCCAAUUGUUCCACUUUUACUCCCACUACGACUAUUUUAUUAGUUUUAGAGCAAUCAUGUAUUAUUUUUAUUGUUGACCACAGUGAUAAUGUUAAAGACAUCCUUUUGAAAUAAAAAAAAAUGAAACAUUUUAUGUAGUGAA